GUUGCCACACCCACCAGGCAAAAAAACCAAACAAACACAAACACACGCGCGCGUGUGCAAGAAGCGAAGAGAGGCGAACGCACAACGCGACGUUGGGGACAACUCAUCAAUCAAUCUCAUCAGCCACAGCUGCGAGAAGCAACGAGUCGACGACCAGCGCGACCUCACGAGCCACAACACCACCACCAGAUAUCAUCAAGAAAGACACAACAACACGCACCAGCAGCAACAAGCACACACGGCAAGCCACAAAUAGCCAACAAGUUUUGACACACCCACACGCACACGCACGCAAGGGAAGAGUGCGAAGGUUUGAUCACAAGAAGCAAGCAGGAAGGCGACGACUGUGAACAAUUCCCUUCUUCUGCGCAUUCAUCGCACCUGACUCAUCGACCGUAUCUUAUCACCACAACCAACGGUUUUCGCCGCAAAGUCUCUUUGAUCAUCCCCGACGCAGACACAGCCAAACCCACACGGCGCAUUUUGCAUCGAGACCACCGCACAAGCACAUAGCACAUACAUCACCACGAAUACAAGCACAUUGCUCCACAUCCUUUUGUCGUUGUGCGACAACACGACCAGCAACCACAACAACCAAAACAACGACGACCGACACCAUUCUCCCCGUCACCGCCACGCUGGAGUAUACAUCGACACAGAAACAUAAGCAGCAGCAGCAGCACCAUGAUGACGACAAGUACAACAAGAAGCGCAACAGCAGCGCUUCUUGCAUCGAACCGCGGCCGUGAGGAGCCGCUACAGCCCCACCAACAAGAGCAGCAAGAGCAGCAGCAGCAAGAAGAAGAAGAACAAGGAGGCACGAAGCAAGGCCAGGCCAGCGACAACGCGCAGCAGCGACAAGACAGCGGAUACGCAGGCAUGUCGCCUGAGUCCACCUCGUCGCCGCCAUCGCCCCCGCCCACCUUUGACGACGAGGAGGCUGCGUCGACAACGACCACGCAGCAGGAGGCGGAGCCACAACCCCAAGACCAAGAACAAGAACAAGACGACGACGGCGAAGAAGACGAAGAAGAAGAAGAGGAGCUGGAGCCGCAGCCGCAGCCGCAGCCGCAGCAACAGGAAGAGCCAAGCGCACCCACGGCCACCGUCGACGCGAGCACGCCACCCACCCCGGAGUGGGAGGUGCCACAGACAUUUGUGAUUGUGUGUGUGGCUGUUGAGCACAUGAAGACGGCGGCCGUUGUGGACGAGCACCCGAGCGUCCCCGUGACGGAGGUGCAGACGCCAGACCUGGCCGACCAUGCUCGCUGCCAGCGGCAGCUACUUGAGCAGCGCUUCCUCGGCAAGACAUGUGGGGCCCCAGCGGACGAGCAGCAGCAAGAAGCGCCGUCGCUGCGGUCCAUCCUGCGCGUUGCAGGCACCGACGCCAGGCAGAAGAACGACUACAAGAAGAUGGUCGUCUUUUUUGAGCACGUGAUGGUUGCGCUGCCAGACGCCGAUACGGAGAUGGACUACGACAAAGUGCGCAAGGAGGGCAGCAUUCGCCUCAACGACCUCGAGCACUGGCGCUUCAAGAAGAUGAACGUCGAGAGGCAUGGAGCAGCGCGUGGUGCGUCCAUCAAGGUGGAGACGUUACACAGCUUCGAGGACACAUGCGGCUCGCCGCGCAUCAUGAUGAACGACGGCUGCGUCUCGCCAUCCAACCAGAUCAUUUGUGGGUUCAAGGAUGCGCAGUUUUCGUUGCAGGAGCGCAUUGCGUUUACAAAAGUGGUGCAAGCGGAUGGAAAGUCCGUCACCACGCUCGCACGCAACGAGGUGUGCCCAAACGGCAACUGCUUCGUCCAUAUGAAGGGCGAGCUGCAUCUCUUACACAUCGAGACGCCAUCCAAGCGUCUCAUCGCCAUCCCUGCCAGCACGCUCGCAGACAACGACGCUGCAACGGCGCCGACUGCAUCGUUGCUCGUGGACUUUGGUGAUCGCACGCUCUUUGACGCGUUCGAGCCCUCCAUAUGGCAUGAGGCGCUGCUGCCAGAUGGGAUGUGCUGCUGGCGUGCCGCCGGCGACAUUACAAAAGUUGCCGUUGCCAUCUUCGACUUUCGCCCGUCCACGCCGCUGCGCAGUGGACAGGUGGUCCAGUUCUCCGUUGAUGCGCAGGGCCACGUGGCCGUGGACGCCGUCUACACCACGCCGGGCUCCCCACGCGUCACCCACCCGGCCAUCAUCAUGGACGGAGAUGGAUGUGCGCAUCUGUGGGCCACGACAGCAGACGAGGGCCUGGUGGAUGCAGUCCUCAGCAGCAAUGGCGGUGAUGGCGUCGAUACCACGCGCGUUGGCGCUUGCUUCUCUGUUGCUCUUCCACAACAGCACCAGCCCUUGCCUGAUGACACGCCAUGUAACCUCCCAUACACGCUGCCAAGCUGA